AUGAAGCAGCCUCAGUGUUUCCUUAGUCCAGACGGAAACCCUUCAAAGUCCAUGAGAGGGGCCCGAGUCUGCGCUCUCAGCAGCAGAGAGUGGCUCUCAGGGGCCCGAGUCUGCGCUCUCAGCAGCAGAGAGUGGCUCUCAGGGGCCCGAAGUCCUGCAGUCACAGCUGCAGUCACAGGUGCAGCCACAGCUGCAGUCACAGGUGCGGUCACAGCUGCAGUCACAGCUGCAGUCACAGCUGCAGAGUCACAGGUGCAGUCACAGCUGCAGUCACAGGUGCAGUCACAGCUGCAGUCACAGCUGCAGAGUCACAGGUGCAGUCACAGCUGCAGUCACAGCUGCAGAGUCACAGGUGCAGUCACAGCUGCAGUCACAGGUGCAGUCACAGCUGCAGUCACAGCUGCAGAGUCACAGGUGCAGUCACAGCUGCAGUCACAGGCUACACACUGCAUCUGGCCCGACCCGCCCCGUGGACCACAGCGAUACCGUCUCAGACACAGAACCGCCCCGUGGACCACAGCGAUACCGUCUCAGACACAGAACCGCCCCGUGGACCACAGCGAUACCGUCUCAGGCACAGAACCGCCCCAUGAACCACAGCGAUACCGUCUCAGAUACAGAACCGCCCCGUGGACCACAGCGAUACCGUCUCAGGCACAGAACCGCCCCAUGGACCACAGCGAUACCGGCUCAGGCACAGAACCGCCCCAUGGACCACAGCGAUACCGUCUCAGGCACAGAACCGCCCCAUGGACCACAGCGAUACCGUCUCAGACACAGAACCGCCCCAUGGACCACAGCGAUACCGUCUCAGAUACAGAACCGCCCCAUGGACCACAGCGAUACCGUCUCAGACACAGAACCGCCCCGUGGACCACAGCGAUACCGUCUCAGACACAGAACCGCCCCGUGGACCACAGCGAUACCGUCUCAGACACAGAACCGCCCCAUGGACCACAGCGAUACCGUCUCAGACACAGAACCGCCCCGUGGACCACAGCAAUACCGUCUCAGGCACAGAACCGCCCCGUGGACCACAGCAAUACCGUCUCAGACACAGAACCGCCCUGUGGACCACAGCGAUACCGUCUCAGGCACAGAACCGCCCCGUGGACCACAGCGAUACCGUCUCAGACACAGAACCGCCCCAUGGACCACAGCGAUACCGUCUCAGGCACAGAACCGCCCCAUGGACCACAGCGAUACCGUCUCAGGCACAGAACCGCCCCAUGGACCACAGCGAUACCGUCUCAGGCACAGAACCGCCCCAUGGACCACAGCGAUACCGUCUCAGACACAGAACCGCCCCAUGGACCACAGCGAUACCGUCUCAGGCACAGAACCGCCCCAUGGACCACAGCGAUACCGUCUCAGAUACAGAACCGCCCUAUGGACCACAGCGAUACCGUCUCAGACACAGAACCGCCCCGUGGACCACAGCGAUACCGUCUCAGACACAGAACCGCCCCGUGGACCACAGCAAUACCGUCUCAGACACAGAACCGCCCCAUGGACCACAGCGAUACCGUCUCAGGCACAGAACCGCCCCAUGGACCACAGCGAUACCGUCUCAGAUACAGAACCGCCCCAUGGACCACAGCGAUACCGUCUCAGACACAGAACCGCCCCGUGGACCACAGCGAUACCGUCUCAGACACAGAACCGCCCCGUGGACCACAGCAAUACCGUCUCAGGCACAGAACCGCCCCGUGGACCACAGCAAUACCGUCUCAGACACAGAACCGCCCCGUGGACCACAGCGAUACCGUCUCAGGCACAGAACCGCCCCGUGGACCACAGCGAUACCGUCUCAGACACAGAACCGCCCCAUGGACCACAGCGAUACCGUCUCAGGCACAGAACCGCCCCAUGGACCACAGCGAUACCGUCUCAGGCACAGAACCGCCCCAUGGACCACAGCGAUACCGUCUCAGGCACAGAACCGCCCCAUGGACCACAGCGAUACCGUCUCAGACACAGAACCGCCCCAUGGACCACAGCGAUACCGUCUCAGGCACAGAACCGCCCCAUGGACCACAGCGAUACCGUCUCAGAUACAGAACCGCCCUAUGGACCACAGCGAUACCGUCUCAGACACAGAACCGCCCCGUGGACCACAGCGAUACCGUCUCAGACACAGAACCGCCCCGUGGACCACAGCAAUACCGUCUCAGGCACAGAACCGCCCCGUGGACCACAGCAAUACCGUCUCAGACACAGAACCGCCCCGUGGACCACAGCGAUACCGUCUCAGGCACAGAACCGCCCCGUGGACCACAGCGAUACCGUCUCAGACACAGAACCGCCCCAUGGACCACAGCGAUACCGUCUCAGGCACAGAACCGCCCCGUGGACCACAGCGAUACCGUCUCAGAUACAGAACCGCCCUAUGGACCACAGCGAUACCGUCUCAGGCACAGAACCGCCCCGUGGACCACAGCGAUACCGUCUCAGACACAGAACCGCCCUAUGGACCACAGCGAUACCGUCUCAGGCACAGAACCGCCCCGUGGACCACAGCGAUACCGUCUCAGGCACAGAACCGCCCCGUGGACCACAGCGAUACCGUCUCAGGCACAGAACCGCCCCAUGGACCACAGCGAUACCGUCUCAGGCACAGAACCGCCCCGUGGACCACAGCGAUACCGUCUCAGGCACAGAACCGCCCCAUGGACCACAGCGAUACCGUCUCAGGCACAGAACCGCCCCAUGAACCACAGCGAUACAGAGGGAGGUGUGUCCAUGUCUCUGUGCACCUGUGCAGCCCGAGGCCCGAGGCCCCGGGGUUUGCUCUGUACUUAA